GGGGGUGGAUGGGAGUCGGCACCGGUGCAGUGAGGGCUGUUGCUUACGGUGUAUCGGCGUGUUCGUUGCCCAUCUGCGGGAGGCAGAGCAGCAGCGCUGGGGUUAAGCGGUGACUAGCGAUGCUCCGGCCCUCCCCCAGAAGGCAUUAGUCGGUGUGGAUCGAUGGCAGCCCGGGAGGGGGAUCCAGCUGUGCCCCGGGUGCGUGACACAGAGGAGGCGGCGUGCCGUGGACAUGUCCCUCCGCUCCGUGUGUUGUGUCGGCCGUCCGCAGCCUCCCUGCCUCUGCGGGCUGCUUUGUGCAUCCUAGUCCGGGAGCCAGCAGGAUUGUGACGGCUGCCGCAUCCAGCCGGAGAGAUGUAUGAAGAUGCAUAAAGUGACCAUCCUCAGCUAAUAUUUAGUAACCGCACUGAGCAACGUUAUGCCUGACUCAAUGAAGGAAAUAAUAAAACAACAUCUAAGAGACUUCUAACCAUUACAUUUGGAACAAUGGGCUGUAACAACACUGCUCUAGACAUCUGCACCUUUCCCGAUUUCAAUGUGACAUCUGUUCCCUCAAACAAAUUUGGACCAUUCCCAACCCCACUCAGGAUAUUGUUGGCAAUAAUCAUGAUGGUGAUGAUAGCUAUUGCCUUUUUAGGCAAUACCAUUGUUUGCCUUAUUGUUUAUCAAAAGCCAGCUAUGCGUUCAGCCAUCAAUCUCCUCCUAGCGACCCUGGCCUUCUCUGACAUCAUGUUGUCUCUUUUUUGCAUGCCAUUCACUGCAAUUACGAUAAUCACUGGGAGCUGGUACUUUGGUACUCAGUUUUGUCAGAUAUCAGCCAUGCUAUACUGGUUUUUCGUGUUAGAAGGUGUUGCCAUUCUACUAAUAAUCAGCGUGGAUAGGUUCCUGAUCAUUGUACAGAGACAGGAUAAGCUGAACCCACACAGAGCCAAGAUAAUGAUUGCCACCUCAUGGGUACUAUCUUUCUGCAUCUCCUUUCCAUCGGUGGUUGGUUGGACUUUGGUGGAGGUACCAACACGAGCUCCGCAAUGUGUCUUGGGAUAUACAGAGUUUUCCACUGACCGAGCUUAUGCAGUCAUGUUGGUUGUAGCUGUGUUCUUCAUCCCUUUCAGCGUAAUGCUUUAUUCCUACUUGUGCAUCUUGAAUACAGUGAGAAGAAAUGCGUUGAGGAUCCAUAAUCAUGCAGAGAGCCUUUGUCUGAGCCAAGUAAGCAAACUCGGUUUGAUGGGACUUCAGCGGCCACAUCAAAUGAAUGUAGACAUGAGUUUCAAAACAAGGGCCUUCACUACGAUUUUAAUUCUCUUCAUUGGAUUUUCUCUAUGUUGGCUUCCUCAUUCAGUGUUCAGUCUACUCUCAGUGUUCAGCAGGACAUUUUACUACAGCUCAUCAUUUUACAUCAUCAGCACUUGCAUCUUGUGGCUUUCUUACCUCAAGUCUGUUUUCAACCCUGUCAUAUACUGCUGGAGAAUCAGGAAAUUCCGCGAGGCCUGUAUGGAGUUCAUGCCCAAAACCUUUAGAAUUCUACCAAAAGUUCCGGGAAGGACGAAGAGAAGGAUACGACCCAGUACCAUUUAUGUUUGUAGUGAUCACCAAUCAGCUGUUUAAGGACGAAAAAACAAACUUAAAUAUGUCAGAGUAAUGCAAUUACCCUUAAGUAACCCACAUCUGAGCUUUUUGUCCACUGCUUUCACAAAGGGACAUUUGAUAGCGACAUGCAUCACCAUCUGUGUGGGCACAACUUGAAAGAAAAAUGACAUGAUGCCAUAGUCCUGUAUAUACCUAUAUGUGCUUAAGUCACCCUUCGUUAAAACA